UUCGAAGAGUUGGUCAAGCUAGUGAAAAUGGGAAAAUACAAAAUUCUCCUGGAUCGCAUGUCGAUGUGGACUAUGAUACAGAAAUCCGAAUUGAGAGUCAUGAAGGAGCUCUACUAUGAGAUAUCCAUAAAUCAUAAGUCCAAAUACGAGGAAGGCAUACGCAAUGGUACGUAUUUUUACAGUCUGUCUCACAAACCAGAGUACGAGGGUGAGAUCGCUUCGGAAGUAAUGACAGAGCACUGUUUGCUGGAUUAG